AUGGACUUGACUGCGAAAGAAACGGCACCAACUUCAACUAGACAACUACGCGCAGACCAAGACUCGUCCGUCAUCGAAACCACCAAUCGGAACAACGCAGAUGAUAGCAACUAUAGAGCGCUUGCGGAAGAGGCCUCGUCGGACGCCAGUGAGCGUACUAGAGCAGAAGAGAUUCUCUAG